GUGUGUGUGAAGAGGUGCGGUGAUCAGAGGCCGGUGGAGAUACACACUUUGACAUCGCAUUCGAUUGCAGGAGCUCGAGCAGCACGCAGCGGGGUCGGGUCCGAAGCACAGUCAGGGGUUAGAGUCCGUCCGCGAGAUCGCCGUUUCCUUUUCUUAACGCUAUUAUAUUUAACUGUAUUAUAUUUCCAAUACAGUAUCGUUAAAAAAAAAUGUUGAGCACCAGAGAACGAUGGAAGAUUUGCAAAAGUGUGUGCGUGAUGUCUUUCAUCAUUGUGGUGACUCUGACCAUUGCGCAAAGGGGCACCACCACCAGCGGAGACCGUCUUCCAGUGCAGCUUUCACAGGGAGAGCUCAAAACCCAGAAGCGAAACGCCCUCCCCGCGGGACACAACUUCUGGAAUCAAAAGAAACACAAGGCUACCACCGAGGAAGCCACAGUGACCGACGACAGACCCCAGAGCCGGACCUGGGACGUGACCACCACCAACUGCACUGCCAACUUGAACUUCACCCACAUGGAGUGGUUCGGUGGCCUGGAGUCUAACUUUCAGCAGUUCCUGCUCUACAGACACUGCAGGUAUUUCCCCAUGGUCAUCAACCACCCCGAGAAGUGCAGUGGAGACGUCUACCUCUUGAUCGUCAUCAAGUCCAUCAUAACGCAGCAUGACCGCAGGGAGAUCAUCAGGAAGACCUGGGGCAAGGAGAGGGAGGUCAACGGCAAUAAGGUCAAGACCUUGUUCCUCCUAGGGGCCGCCUCCAAGGAGGGCGAGCAAGCCAAUCACCAGAAGCUCCUGGAAUAUGAAGACUACAUCUACGGUGACAUCCUGCAGUGGGACUUCAUGGAUAGCUUCUUCAACCUCACUCUGAAAGAGGUCCACUUCUUGAAGUGGUUUUCCACCUACUGUGAAAACGUGCAGUACAUAUUCAAAGGUGAUGACGACGUUUAUGUCAACACGGAGAACAUCAUGGAGUUUCUGGAUGGUAGCAAGGUUACAAAUCUGUUCGUUGGGGAUGUGCUCUACAGGGCAAAACCCAUUAGAAAGAAGGAGAAUAAAUAUUACAUCCCCGAUGCCCUGUAUAAUAAAACACACUACCCACCCUAUGCUGGGGGAGGGGGGUUCCUGAUGGACGGGCAUGUGGCUAGAAAAUUAUACGGAGCUUCGGAAACCUUGGACCUCUAUCCCAUUGAUGACGUCUUCCUUGGAAUGUGCCUGGAAGUUCUCCAUGUGACUCCCGUCAAGCACGAUGGCUUCAAGACCUUUGGGAUUGUGAAGAACAAGAACAGCAAAAUGAACAGAGAACCUUGCUUUUUCAAAAGCUUAAUAGUGAUCCACAAGCUGCUCCCUCCGGAACUCAUGCACAUGUGGAGUCUGGUCAAGAGAAACCUCGUUUGCUCACGGAAAAUAGAGGUUUUAUAGCCGUCUAGAUGCUUUACCAGUACCAGGAGCCUAGGGGACUGACAACUACCCCAGAAACUGCACUGUAAAAAACUAUUUAUAUUUGAGUUGACUCAAAGAAAAGUACUCUGUCUACGGAGAACACUGUACUGUACGGGUUACAUCCCUGUGUGGGCCAGCUUUCGUGUUUUUUUUUAUUUUUAUCAAAUUCAUUAUUUUAUUUAGGUGACAGAAUCUGGGUAGGCAUGAAGAGACCAAAUAGCCGAAUGUAAAUCCCGUACUUAUCUGUACCGACAGUUAUGCAGUACAGAAUGCAUAGUUUACAAGAGCUACCCAAGGGAAGGUCAUGAGCUAAAAGGGGAAAAGACUUUGUAUCCAACCAAAAAUAAAUAAAUAGAGAAUGUCUCUAGGAAAGCUUGUAACUUUAGGUAGCAUCGUUAGUAAUGCUAUGCAAUAUUAUUUGUUAUCGAUUUAAGAUGGGGUGCUCCCUAAGCAUGUGCAGAUCUUCUUCUCAAAGGGAGCAGUUUGAAGUAAAGCUACUCUACCUCACAAGGCGUCAUUCCUAUUGUCUCAGCAAUGAAACGUGUCCCCGCUUAUCAGAACCAACACGCUAGAAGUAAAAUAGCUUUUAUGAGAAGCGUCCUCAAGUGACAUUUAUAAAAGAAUAAUAAUAAUAAUAAUAAUAAUAAUAAUAAUAAUUGCACAAAGAAAAAGAGAAAAAGGGUAAUAUCUAUCUAUAUAUAAAGAAAGGCUGGUACCGGGAUGUAAGUUAUUGCCAGGUUUUUCUUCUUCACAUUCCCACUGAUAUACAAGGAAGUUUAAAGUCAAAUUCUUUGCUGUCUAUGUGAAUGUGAAAGAAUGAAAAUCUAAUGAAUUGUAAUGGAAUGCUGUUAAGGCACAAGGGCUUUGUUAUAAACCUGUACAAAUGCAAAUAUUUCAGCAGUAAUAUAAUGUUGUUUGGAAAUAAAUACCUUUUAAAAAGAA